UUACAGUGACCCUUUUCACUAUUUCUAACGUUUCUUUCUUCCCUUUUCUAAUUCCCAUUUUUUUAAAUUUUUUUUUUUUUGUUCUUUCUUUCUUCAGCUUUGUAAAAUUUGACCAAUUUGAUUAAGUAUGUCGGAUGACAAGAGAGAAGAGAAGGAAUUGGAUCUGACAAGUCCAAAAGUUGUUACCAAGUAUAAAAGUGCUGCUGAAAUCCUCAACAAGGCUUUGCUGUUGGUGGUGUCUGAAUGCAAGCCAAAAGCUAAGAUAGUUGAUCUUUGUGAAAAAGGAGAUGCCUUUAUCAAAGAGCAAACAGGGAAUAUUUACAAGAAGAUGAAGAAGAAAAUCGAGAGGGGCGUGGCUUUCCCAACAUGCAUUUCAGUUAACAAUGUCGUCUGCCAUUUUUCUCCACUCUCUAGUGAUGAGACAGUAUUGGAAGAAGGUGAUAUGGUGAAAAUUGAUAUGGGGUGUCAUAUAGAUGGCUUUAUUGCUGUAGUUGCUCAUACGCAUGUGCUCCAGGGAGGACCUGUUACUGGUAGAGCUGCUGAUGUAGUUGCGGCUGCUAAUACAGCGGCUGAAGUUGCUGUGAGGCUUGUGAAACCAGGAAGGAAGAAAUCGGAUGUAACAGAAGCUAUUCAGAAAGUUGCUGCAGCAUAUGACUGCAAGAUCGUUGAGGGUGUUUUGAGCCAUCAAAUGAAGCAGUUUGUGAUUGACGGAAACAAAGUCGUCUUAAGUGUGUCCAAUCCUGAUACCAGAGUAGACGAUGCAGAGUUUGAGGAGAAUGAGGUCUAUUUGGUUAACAUUGUUACAAGCACCGGUGAAGGGAAGCCAAUAUUGUUGGACGAGAAACAAACAACCAUCUACAAGAGAACUGUAGAUAAAAGCUGCAACCUGAAGAUGAAAGCAUCGAGGGUUAUCUUCAGAGAAAUCAGUCAGAAGGUCCCUAUCAUGCCAUUUACAGCAAGGGAUUGGAGGAGAAAAGAGCUCGUGUGGGACUAGUCGAAUGCGUUAACCAUGAACUUUUGCAGCCAUAUCCUGUUCUACAUGAGAAAUCUGGUGAUUUGGUUGCUCACAUAAAAUUCACAGUGCUAUUGAUGCCUAAUGGGCCAGAUAGGAUCACGUCUCAUGCUAUCCAGGAGCUGACACCUGCGAAGACAAUAGACAAUGAGCCUGAAAUCAAGACCUGGCUAGCCUUGCCUGUGAAGACCAAGAAGAAAAAGAAAGAUGAGAAAAUGUUGCUGGAAUAUUAGUUGGUGAGUGAAAUGUUACUGGAUGGAAUCUUAACCUAUGGAAGGACAAUUAAUUGUUGCUGAAUCUUAACAAGUUGAUGGUGCUUGAUUGAUUCAAUUCCAAGAACUAUUUGGUUCUCAUUGUUAUUUGAUCUAGGAUUAAUGAGGUCGUUUUGGAUCUUUCGUGUGGCCUUUUUGCCAUACAAGAUGAGCCUGGACAGUUCUCUGUCCGGAGACUUUUGUCUUGUUAAAUUAUCCAGUGGGGUUUUCAA